ACAAAUUUUAUAUACGGUCAUGUUAUGGGUCCUAUAUCUGAUAACAAAGAAAAUACCGUAUUGAGGGGGCUAAAUGAGUUUAAAACAGAUUCUGCAAAUAGGCCUGCCCAACAAUCGUUUAUGUAUAAAUCUGAAAAUGUUAUUAGUUACAUGUGGACUGGUAGUAUGAUUCAAAAUUCGGGGUUCAGUCAGAAUAUAAUCCCACAGUUUAUAGACGAAGUAAAUGCUCACAGUAUUCCAAACACUAGGUGUAUAGGAUACACAAAUAGAGACCAUAUGAAAAGUUUUGGUAUUAUAUGAGACACUACAAAUAAUUUUGGCAAUGUUCAACGAGCUGUAAGAAACUGGAGUAAAGGUAAGCCAUAUGGAACUAAACAAUACAAUAAAGAUUGGAAAGGUAGUGUGUGUUAAUAUUCUUGUGCUAACAGAAAAAUUAUCACAAAUAAUGCUAAUGAUCAAAACGCAGGAAAUUGUGAAUACACAGAAGUCAAAUCAGGUAUGAAUUUGUCUUCAGCUACAGGAGUUAAUGGUGAAUCAUUACAAGGUUACAACCUGAACUUAGAUUUUAGGAAAUUGCAACCCGGUCAACCUGUUUGUUAUACUAUCGGUAAACUACCCAAUUUUAAACCAUCGAAAAAGAGUGACGGUUCAUGUAAGGUAUACAUAGUGAAUUCAGGAGAUUCUUGUUCUUCUAUCACUGCAAAAUAUUAUCCUGUAUCUAUCAACGACAUUUACAAUGACAAUAAACAAAACUUUUAUCGGACAGGGUGUGAUAAACUUUAAAAAGAUUAUAAUCUAUGUGUAAGUGAUGUUAAUCCACCAAAACCGACUGUAAACACUAAAGCAGAUUGUAGACCACGAUCGCCCAGCGGUGCAAAUUGCCCGUUAAAUGCCUUGCAGUGAAUUUGAGCUUGUGGUCAAAGUAAAGAAUUUUGUGACAAAUAAACAAGUUUGACCGGUACUCCAGGUACUAGUGGGUGCUUGUCUAAUUGUGGCUAUGGAUCAUUACCUUCUCCUGGAUCUUUUUUUUCUAAAAUAACAUAUUGGUUAGAUGAAAAUAGUGAAAUGGAAACAGAUUCAACUCAAUUGAAAAAUGGUCCUUUCGAUAAAGUCCAUUAUGCUUUUGUAAACAUGAAUUCAGACUUACUUGAAGAUGAUUCUUAAACAUCUGAAUCUUCAUUUUUAGCAAUCUCUGGAAAGAAAAUAGUCAGUUUCGGAGGUUGGGAUUUUAGCACUUCUCCAAGUACAUAUCCUAUUUUUAGAAACGCUGUCCAACCAAAUAAUAGAGGAAAGUUUGAGUCUUAUUUGGUUGGUUUUGUCAAAAAUUAUGGUUUAGACGGUAUGUAUUUAGAUUGGGAGUAUCCGGGGGUUCAAGAUAUACCUGGUAUACCUGCAGAUGAUAAGAAUAAUGGUAAAAAUUAUUUAGGACUUAUAAAAUUAAUAAAAAACAAAUUACCUUCAGGUAAAACUUCAUGUGUAGCUUUACCAGUUUCGUAUUGAUAUUUAAAAGGUUUUCCCGUCAAAGAAAUGCAAAGCCAUGUGGAUCAUUUUUAUUACAUGACUUAUGAUAUGCACGGGUCUUGGGAUUAUGGAAAAGCAACAACUUGGAUUAAUUAUCAUACUCAUAAACAAGAUAUAACUGAUGCUUUAAAGUUGUUCAACAAAGCAGUUGUUAGUUUUAACAAAAUAUACGGUGGAUUAGCAAAAAAUGGAAGAUCUUUUAAAUUAACAAACAAAAACUGUUAUGGUACUGGAUGUUUGUUCGCAGGACUUGGUAACUCUAGAAGCAUGACUUACACUCCAAGAGUUUCAUCCGAUUCUGAAAUUAUAGAUAUAGAUGCAUUUUCUACCAAAAAUACUAGAUGGAACGAUGAUGUUUUCGUUUGGACUUUUAUGAAAUACGAUGGUGAUUUUGUAGUUUCAUGGCCAACAGACAGAAAUAGCACGGAAAUUUAUUCGAGAGGUAGUGGUUAAGCAGGGUCAGUUUUAUGGAUAAACAAUUACUUUGAACAUUCUGAAUUCACAAAUGAUGAUGAUAAUGACUACGAUGACUAUAAAUUUAACAGUGAAGAUAUUGACUACAUAGAUAUAUACAAUUAUGUCAAUGAAGCUGGAGAUAACAUUAACAAUAUUAAAUCAGAAGGUUUGUUUGAAACAAAUAUAAAAUAUAUUUUGAAAGAAGGUAAGAGCGCUGUUAGAAAAAUAAACAAUAUUUUAAAUGAUUACGAUAAUUACAUAGAUUAUUACAAAGAGUAUACUAGAGCCAAUUAAGAUUCCGUUAUGGAACAAUAUGAAAAAUGUUUGUUUUUGGGAGUGGGAGAACGAAUUUUUUUGAAUACAAUAAAAAUGUGGUAACUACAAAACACAGAAAAAGAGACUUGGAUUUAGACGACGAAGAAACAAUUACUGAAACUAUGGAUUAUUAUAACACUUCCUCUCUCGUGUAUAUAACAUCUGCAGAUAAUUCUGCUAUUUUAAUUACAAAAAAUGGUUCAUCUUUAUAUACAAGUCCUUACACUACAGACACCCAAAUUGUCAAAAGAGGAGAUUUAGGUCAAAAUAGUCCUACUAUGUAUAGUAAUCUUGUUAAACCAGAUGACAUAAAAGAUGACGCUGUAAAAGAUUUUUAUGAGUAUUCUAAUAUGAAUUUUGCUAAAGAGACUUUUGUUCGAAGAGCUAAUAGGAAAGAUUUCACAUUGAAAACAUCUUAUGGAGGUUACAAUAAAUAUACAUUUUAUAAAACAACUAUUCUUGAUUCGCAUGUUCUAUUUACAAACGUUUUAAAAAGUGUUAACAAAAACAAUAUCACAAAUAUACAAAGUCUCAUUGAUUUUGGUCAACAAACUUUGGGACAAGAAAAUCCAAUAGACAUAUAUGAGGUUUAA